AAAUUCAGUUUAGUUUAGUUCAGUGAGUGUGUGGAUUAAGUUCAGUUAUUUGCAGUUUAAUUCAACCUGUAAAUACUCCUGAAUUCGUGAAUUUGUGUGUCUUGCGUGCAACAAAAAAGAAAAUUAAGAAUAGAAAAUUGUUAAAUUUUCAAAAAAAUAAAAAGCACAGAUUCUCGUUUGCAAAACAAAUUGAAACUUAGUCAAAUAUGUCGAACCCAUCAGAUAACCCAAUUUACGGACCCUUCUUCGGUGUCAUGGGAGCUGCCUCUGCUAUCAUUUUCAGCGCAUUCGGAGCCGCGUAUGGUACAGCCAAGUCAGGAACUGGUAUCGCCGCUAUGUCGGUGAUGCGACCAGAACUUAUCAUGAAAUCGAUUAUUCCCGUUGUCAUGGCUGGUAUCAUUGCCAUUUACGGUUUGGUCGUCGCCGUCCUUAUCGCUGGUAAUUUGGAUGAACCCUCAAAAUAUACCCUUUACAAGGGAUUUAUUCAUCUGGGUGCUGGUUUAGCUGUAGGAUUCUCUGGUCUAGCAGCUGGUUUUGCGAUCGGUAUUGUUGGUGAUGCCGGUGUCAGAGGUACAGCACAACAACCGCGUUUAUUCGUCGGUAUGAUUUUGAUUCUUAUCUUCGCUGAAGUAUUGGGUCUGUACGGACUUAUUGUGGCCAUUUACCUGUACACAAAAUAAAUAGCCCAAUUAAUAAAAACACCCGCAUAAUAAUAAUACAAAUAUUAUAAUUGAUUAUAAUAAUAAUUUAGUUUUGAAAAUUAUUAAAAAAAAAUAUAUACAUAUAUAACACAAGUAAGGAUCAAAACACAAAAAUGGCCCUUACUAUAUCCGAUUUCAAAACAUUUUUUUUUUCAUCGUCACUUAAAUCAAACAUUAUCCUCAUAAUUCACACAACUACAACAGUAAAACACACAUAAAGGGGAAACACAUUAAGGUCCACCAAUAUAGCGCUGAAAAAUAAAAUCAUGUUAAACUAUCAGUGCUAUGUUUCUAAAUAACCUUUAAGAGAGAAGAACUUAGUAUUUUCUGGAAAAGAAAUGUUAAGUUUAAAGUUUAUAAGGUCCUUCUUACUAGAAUUUUGGAUGGAAUGUAAAUACAAUGCAUGUGCUACAAAUAAAUGUGUACUUCCUAAAUGCCAGAUAAAGAUAAAUUAAUAACGUGUAAAUUUUUAAAUACACUUUUUGUCCAAUUUUUUUAUCGUUCUUUAAUAUUAUUUCCUUAAAUUAGUAGUUUAAUUUUGUAAAAAGUGAACAAUACAGUUUGUUAUUACAAAAAAAAAAACUAAACGAACAACAAAAAAAAAAAAAACAACCAGUCCUAUGUUUUUCAUUGUUAUUAUAUUUAAAAAUAAUUAUUAAUUUUUUUUUGUGAUAAGAUUUAUUAUUAUAGAUGUACAUGUAAAAAUGGUAUUUAUAAAAACAAUUGAAAUUUUUUCUCUGUUAUAUUAAGAAAUAUUGUAAAAAAUGAAAAAAAAAAAAUCAUAAAAACCUAGGCGGAAAAGAGAAAAACGAAGAAACAAUAUCAUCGUGUUUCCCAAGCGCGUGAAAUACAAACAUAUUUAUUUUGUUUUUAUGGUUUGUUAAGAACUGCGGUGCAUAUUACACUUUUUAACAAAACGACUUUGUUGGCUCAUUUUAAAUAGAAAAUAUGAAUUUUAAAUUGACAUUUUUUAAUAUAUUUUUUGAUUAUUGUCGUUAGUGUUUGCUCAUGAUGCUGAGAGCAUUUCAUUGAACACAUUAGUCUCGUAUUAAAUACGUAAAAAAUAUUAAUCAUUUUAUUUAACGUCAGCCAACUAUGCCAAUGUUUUGGUGCACCGCCAUUUGUCAUCCAAUUAAAACAUAACAUUUUGGUAAUGAAACGAAAUUGUAAAAAAAAUCAUUGAAAAGAUUUGAAAAAUAAAAGCGCGCAUUUAACAACA